AUGCUUGUUCCUCACGACCGAAUGGUUGGCAACAAGCGGCGUGGGACCAUGCGAGUGCUGGGCAUCGGCACAGACCUUGUAUACAUGCCGCGCGUUGUGGAGCUGCUGCGACGGAUGCCCGCAGGAUCGGGCGCGCAUGCGCGGUUCGCGGGCAAAUUCAUGCACGCGCGUGAGCGCGCCGGUGCCCUCGGGGCCAAAGACCAGGCUCGCUACGUGGCGGGGGUGUGGGCGGCCAAGGAGGCACUGUACAAGGCGGUGGCAGGCGCAGACGCGCCGCCAGCCGCGACGCUGUACCGCGCGUGCUAUAAGGAGGCCGACGCCGUUGGACGCCCGACGCUGCAGGUGGACGCGGGAGAGCUGCAGCGGGCGGGUCACAUGCGUUUCUGGGAGGAGCGGCUUGCGGGAACGCGAUUUCUACUGAGCGUUUCUCACGAUGAGGACUACUUGGUGGCCUUUGUCUGCCACGUCGCCGACGAAACUUUUCGAGCGCCCGAUGAACGCCAGCGGAUCACAAAGAACAGCUAG